AUGUCGCUAUCGUUCGAACACCUCUCACUUGUCCUCGGACAAUGGCUACAGCCUAUCGUUCAGCAGCUCCCGCCAUCGCUGCAGAAUAUUCUGCUGCAUCCGCUCGCUCCAAAAGCUUUUCUAGUGGUCCUCGCUCUCGCUCUUCUGCGCCUGACGAACCGCGCGCUCACCAGCUGGUCGCUGAACAAUGGCGUGAGUGUUGGGAAGUGGAACGCCGACCGCGAACUAGUCCUCCUUACCGGAGGCUGUAGCGGUAUUGGCAAGCAGAUGGUGCUUGAUUUGGCGAAGACGGGAACUCGGGUCGUGAUUCUCGAUAUUCAGGAACCGACCUUUUCUCUGCCUUCCGGUGUCACUUUCUACAAAGCCGACAUCACCUCCUCUGCCAGUAUCGCCGAAGUCGCAGAAAAGAUCCGCGCAACGCAGGGCGACCCCACGAUCCUCAUCAACAACGCCGGCGUUGGGCACGAUGGCACAAUUCUUGAGAAACCAGAGGCCAAGAUCCGGCAAACCUUUGAGGUCAACACCGUCUCGCAUUUCCUGAUGGUGCGCGAGUUCCUACCAAGCAUGAUCGCAAAGAACCAUGGCCAUAUAAUCACGAUCGCCUCCAUGGCUAGUUUCAUUGGUCUCGGAGACAUGGUGGAGUACAGCUGUACCAAGGCGAGCGCACUCGCAUUCCACGAGGGGCUGCGCCAGGAGCUGCGCCUAUGGUACCAGGCUCCCAAGGUUCGAACUACUGUUGUACACCCACUUUGGGUUCGCACGCCCAUGAUCAAGGUCCUGACCGACGCGGGUUCGGAAUUCAAGCAACCAAUCCUCACACCCGAAAUGGUGUCUGAGGCGGUUGUGAAACAGGUUGUUUCCCAGCGCAGUGGACAAAUUAUCUUGCCGUCGUACUACACGCCGCUCAGCAUGCUGCGCGCGCUGCCCAACUGGUUCCAGGAAUUCGCGCGAGGAGUUGGAUCCAGAGAUUUCAUCAAGUUGCGCGAGUGGCAGCAGAAGCAGGUGAAGGAGCAGUAG